AUGUCCCAAGACAGUUUCCCUGCUUUGCCUGGCUUCUAUCGUCUUUUGUUUCUUUAUCUGGAGCCAAUGUCAACCAUAGCGCCAUUCCUCAUGGUGUGGAUUUCCCCAGGCUCUGCCUGGUUCCACCACGAACUUAUUCCAUCCGACAAUGGCCCCACUGGUGUGUUGUCACCGAGAACUCAGAUGGCUAUUUGGCAGUUAGCAAAUUGCUACCUACUUUUGGGUCUGAUUUCCUCUUUGGUCUUCCGUUCUGUGCGAGAUGCACUUCCCAACAAUCCAGCUGCACAAGAGCGCAUCUUGGGGGCUAGCUUUCUCGCUCUCGGUAUCGCAGAUGCAUCGGCCGUACUUCGUACUACUUUGGAGUCCCAGAGGUGA